GGUAGCGCGCGUGAGGGCGUUGGGCGCCGCCGCGAGGCUGGGAAGCGCGGGUCCGCGGCGGUGCGGGUUCUAGGGCGGCGGCUGCCGCCGCCGCAGCAGCGCCCCGGGCGGGGAGGGCCGAGGAGGCCGGACGAGCUGGGGAUGGAGAGUACCAGGCCCCUCACUGCCUCAGAGCGCGUGUGCGGCUCCGGGCGCGCACAGUGACGGUGACAGCGACCCUGGCCCGGCAGCGCCGAGGCCGCUUCGCCAGACAGCCCGCGACCGGCGGCAGGCCGGGCCAUGAGGAGCGGCCGGGGCCGGGCCGGGCCUCGCUGACCCCGGCUCCGCGCGGCGGCCUCCCCCGUUUCCGCUCCGGCCUCUCGGCAUGAGAGUCAGCCCGGGCCCGGGGCUGCGGCUGCCCCAGACUCGCCGCCAGCUGGCGCGCUCCGGGGCCGCAGACCCGCGGUGCUGAUACCUGCGCCGCGCUACGCCGCCAGCCCGCCCACUGUGUGCCCCGGGGGCGCGGCCAUGGAGGUGGUGGGCGACUUCGAGUACAGCAAGAGGGAUCUCGUGGGACACGGGGCCUUCGCCGUGGUCUUCCGGGGGCGGCACCGCCAGAAAACUGAUUGGGAGGUAGCUAUUAAAAGUAUUAAUAAAAAGAACUUGUCAAAAUCACAAAUACUGCUUGGAAAGGAAAUUAAAAUCUUAAAGGAACUUCAGCAUGAAAAUAUUGUAGCACUCUAUGAUGUUCAGGAAUUACCCAACUCUGUCUUUUUGGUGAUGGAGUAUUGCAAUGGUGGAGACCUCGCAGAUUAUUUGCAAGCAAAAGGAACUCUCAGUGAAGAUACCAUCAGAGUGUUUCUGCAUCAGAUUGCUGCUGCCAUGCGAAUCCUGCACAGCAAAGGAAUCAUCCACAGAGAUCUCAAACCACAGAACAUCUUGCUGUCCUAUGCUAAUCGCAGAAAAUCAAGUGUCAGUGGUAUUCGCAUCAAAAUAGCGGAUUUUGGUUUUGCUCGUUACCUACAUAGUAACAUGAUGGCUGCAACACUGUGUGGAUCCCCCAUGUAUAUGGCUCCUGAGGUUAUUAUGUCUCAACAUUAUGAUGCUAAGGCUGACUUGUGGAGCAUAGGAACAGUGAUAUACCAAUGCCUAGUUGGAAAACCACCUUUUCAGGCCAAUAGUCCUCAAGACUUAAGGAUGUUUUAUGAAAAAAACAGGAGCUUAAUGCCUAGUAUUCCCAGAGAAACAUCACCUUAUUUGGCUAAUCUCCUUUUGGGUUUGCUUCAGAGAAACCAAAAAGAUAGAAUGGACUUCGAAGCAUUUUUUAGCCAUCCUUUUCUUGAGCAAGUUCCAGUAAAAAAAUCUUGCCCAGUUCCAGUGCCCGUGUAUUCUGGUUCUGUCUCUGGAAGCUCCUGUGGCAGCUCUCCAUCUUGUCGUUUUGCUUCUCCACCAUCCCUUCCAGAUAUGCAGCAUAUUCAGGAAGAAAACUUAUCUUCCCCACCAUUGGGUCCUCCCAACUAUCUACAAGUUUCCAAAGAUUCUGCCAGUACUAGUAGCAAGAAUUCUUCUUGUGACACGGAUGACUUUGUUUUGGUGCCACACAACAUCUCGUCAGACCACUCAUAUGAUAUGCCAUUGGGGACUGCUGGCAGGCGUGCUUCAAAUGAGUUCUUGGUGUGUGGAGGGCAGUGUCAGCCUACCGUGUCACCUCACAGUGAAACAGCACCAAUUCCAGUACCUACUCAAAUAAGGAAUUAUCAGCGCAUAGAGCAGAAUCUUACAUCUACUGCCAGCUCAGGCACAAAUGUACAUGGUUCUCCAAGAUCUGCAGUGGUGCGAAGGUCCAACACCAGCCCCAUGGGCUUCCUCCGGCUGGGAUCAUGCUCCCCGGUGCCAGCAGACACAGCACAGACAGUUGGACGAAGGCUCUCCACUGGGUCUUCUAGGCCUUACUCACCUUCCCCUUUGGUUGGUACCAUUCCUGAGCAAUUCAGUCAGUGCUGCUGUGGGCAUCCUCAGGGCCAUGACUCCAGGAGUAGAAACUCCUCAGGUUCUCCAGUGCCACAAGCUCAGUCACCACAGUCCCUCUUAUUGGGUGCUAGACUGCAGAGCGCCCCCACCCUCACUGACAUCUAUCAGAACAAGCAGAAGCUCAGAAAGCAGCACUCUGACCCCGUGUGCCCAACCCAUGCUGGGGCUGGGUACAGCUACUCACCUCAGCCCAGCCGGCCUGGCAGCCUUGGAACUUCUCCCACCAAGCACUUGGGGUCCUCUCCACGGAGUUCUGACUGGUUCUUUAAAACUCCUUUGCCAACAAUCAUUGGCUCUCCUACUAAGACCACAGCUCCUUUCAAAAUCCCUAAAACGCAAGCAUCUUCCAACCUGUUAGCCUUGGUUACUCGUCAUGGGCCUGCUGAAGAACAAUCCAAAGAUGGGAAUGAACCACGGGAAUGUGCCCAUUGCCUCUUAGUGCAAGGAAGUGAGAGGCAGCGGGCUGAGCAGCAGAGCAAGGCAGUGUUUGGCAGAUCUGUCAGUACUGGGAAGUUAUCAGAUCAACAAGGAAAGACUCCUAUAGGUGGACAUCAGGGCAGCACAGACAGUUUAAAUACAGAACGACCAAUGGAUAUAGCUCCAGCAGGAGCCUGUGGUAUUGUUCUGGCACCUCCUGCAGGUAUAGCUGCAAGUUCCAGGGCUGUCCUCUUCACUGUAGGGUCUCCUCCACACAGUGCAGUAGCCCCCACUUGUACCCACAUGCUCCUUCGAGCAAGAACAACCUCAGGAGCAGAGGCAGCUCCCAGCCUGAGAUACGUGCCUUACGGUGCUUCACCCCCCAGCCUGGAGGGGCUCAUCACCUUUGAAGCCCCUGAACUGCCGGAGGAGACGCUGAUGGAGCGGGAACACACGGACACCUUACGCCAUCUGAAUGUGAUGCUGAUGUUCACUGAAUGUGUGCUGGACCUGACAGCCGUGAGGGGAGGAAACCCUGAGCUGUGCACAUCUGCUGUGUCCUUGUACCAGAUCCAGGAGAGUGUGGUGGUGGACCAGAUCAGUCAGCUGAGCAAAGACUGGGGGCGGGUGGAGCAGCUGGUGUUGUACAUGAAAGCAGCACAGCUGCUUGCGGCUUCUCUGCAUCUUGCCAAAGCCCAGAUCAAGUCCGGGAAACUGAGCCCAUCCACAGCAGUGAAACAAGUUGUCAAAAAUCUGAACGAACGAUAUAAAUUCUGCAUCACCAUGUGCAAGAAACUUACAGAAAAGCUGAAUCGAUUCUUCUCUGACAAACAGAGGUUUAUUGAUGAAAUCAACAGUGUGACUGCAGAGAAACUCAUCUAUAAUUGUGCUGUAGAAAUGGUUCAGUCUGCAGCCCUUGAUGAGAUGUUUCAGCAGACCGAAGAUAUUGUUUAUCGCUAUCAUAAGGCAGCCCUUCUUUUGGAAGGCCUAACUAAGAUUCUACAGGACCCUGCAGAUAUUGAAAAUGUACAUAAAUAUAAAUGUAGUAUUGAGAGAAGACUGUCGGCGCUCUGCCAUAGCACCGCAACCGUGUGAGCAGCAGGCUCAUCCCAUGGACCGGUGGUGGGAACCUGAGGUGAUGCCUUUGGGAUUACAGCUUGAGUUCUGUCACCCCAUCCCCAGGAAACUGUAGCUUCUUAACUGGUGACUACCAAAGAACAAGCAGUGAUUUCAAAAGGGAAAAACAAUCCAAAAACUACAUAUUUGUAGGAAAUCUGCCUUAUUGGAGAAAGUCACCCUUUCCCUUUUUCUUUGUAGAAGCAGGAGCAAGAGUGUUUGGCUCCCAGUUUGGACUUGGUGAAUAAAUGUACCUUAGAACUAGGAUAACCGGUACAGUUAUUCUUAAAGAUAAUUAAAAAUGUAACAAAGUGAGUGCUCAUCACUUGGUUCAUCAGAGCAGUGUGUGAAAUUCCGUGUGUUUGCUGAGGUAUAAAGGUAAAAGUAUUCACCCCUCAUCCAGGCAGUUUGAUAUUUGGAGUAAGUUUGUUUAAAUCUGAGCAUGUAUAUUUAAACAGCUCAGGAAGAAAUAGCUUAAGAAGAAGUGAAACAUGGAUCUUGGAAGAAAUUUUGAAAUCUUCAAUUUGAUCCUAAUAUGGACACAUGUUAAUCUUCCAAAAUCUUUCAUAUUGCACUAAUUUAUUAAAACAACUGUGUAUUGGAUUUUGUAAUUUAACCGAGGCACAAUGGACUUGUUUAAAAUAUUUUACUUGAUUGUAUACAUAUACCCUUCCCAGAAUUCACAUGUAAUCUCCAGUGAACUUUUAAGUGGUUAAAACUUGUAUUCAUGUGAACCUUUGCAAUUUUUUUUUUUCUUCAUCUACACCUACAGAUUUUCUCAGUAAUGUUUUUGUUAGCUUUUGGUUCCAUUUUUUAUUGUGCAUGCAAAAUGUACAUUGAUGCCUGUGACCUUAGGUUUACUAAAGGCUAGGUUUAUUUGGGCAGUAUUAGGAAAAAAAAUCAUGGAUCAAGAGAUACUCUUGAGAAUUUGAAUAGGGCCAAAACAAAGUUGGUGACCUAAAGGCUUGUUAGUGAUGUGGAGUUCCUACAUGAAGUGAGUGGAAAAUGAAGUUUGUUUUCUCUUAGGAAAAUGGGCAGCUCUUUUCUGCCUAAUGUGUAUUUUUCAUGUUAAUCCUGACAGUUCACCAAAUAGCUAGUCAUGGAGAAUGCAGGCAGUUAACUUAAUAUCCCUCCAGGAAUGGUUCCUACGUUGUAUAUUAUUUGGUUUCUUUUACUUACCUGCUUGAAUACUUGAAUAAACCAUUCACCAAUUUUAAUCCUUUUAUUUUAAUCCUUUUACAUAAAAUAAUCUGAACUCUUUGACAAAUUGCACAGAGCUCUUUGGCAUUAAUCUCAUUUUAAUGUACUGAUAAAAACAAACAUGGGUUUUCCUUUACUUUGACAAAGUAAUGUAAUUUUUACCUUAUUUAUCUGUAUGAAAUUCCAGGAGUUAAUUUGAACAUUUAUUUAUAUGACGUUUGUAUUUUUAGGUCUUUAAUACAGUGUUUCUACCUCUCAUUUGUAACUGCAUGCAUUAUUCUUGAAACUAGGUAAAACUCACUGAAUUGUUGUGUAAUAGCCUUUUUAUUACUGCCUGUACAAAUGUAUAUUAAGGUAAAAUAAAACUGACAAAAUGUUUCUAGGGUGUAGCUGGGUACAUAUUAAGUGACUUGUUGAGCCAGGUACUUCAUUAGUGAGUUUAGAGACUUGGCCAUGAAUAUCCUUUGUCCUGCCCCAGGAUUUAGUUCUCAGCUGCUGUCAUGCAGGCUUCCAGGAACAUAGACUGUUUUACCUCCCCAGCCCUAUUUGUUAUUAGUGAUAUUGUGUAUAAUAUUUUUUAUUCACAGUGAAAUUUCAUUCAUAUUCUUUCAGUUAUCACCUGUGUUAUCUCAGUUGUAGGUUUAUUCUAUCCUCUCCUCUUCCUCUCCCAUUUCUUUUUUAACACAGGAUGAAACAGGUUCAGAGAGGGGACGUGAUUGGCCUAAAGUCAGGAACUAGGCAAGCUGUCAAGCCAUGCUUUGUGACUUUCAAGUUAAUUCUUCUUGUUCUUGUAUAAUAAAGUUCUUGGGGUAGAUGGUGUGUGUGAAACAGUGAAGUCUCAACAGCAGAAAAGAACAAACUGUAAAUUCAUGAAUAAUGGUUCUGGUUAUACUUCCAUUAUCAAGGCUAAUUGUUUUAAGAGAUACUGCCUUGAGUAUAGCAAUAAUAAACAAAUGCUUUAUGUUUCCCUGA